AUCAUUGAGAAGCGCCGCCGCGAUCGCAUCAACAACAGCUUGUCCGAGCUGAGGAGGCUGGUGCCCAGCGCCUUUGAGAAGCAGGGAUCAGCCAAGCUGGAAAAAGCAGAGAUUCUGCAGAUGACUGUCGAUCAUCUGAAAAUGCUGCAUACGGCAGGAGGGAAAGGUUAUUUUGAUGCUCAUGCUUUGGCUAUGGACUAUCGGAGUCUAGGGUUUCGAGAGUGCCUGGCUGAAGUUGCUCGAUACCUUAGUAUUAUAGAGGGUCUGGAUGCCUCCGAUCCUCUGCGAGUUCGACUUGUGUCUCAUCUCAAUAACUACGCCUCUCAACGGGAAGCAGCAAGUAGUGCACACACUGGCAUUGGACACAUUCCUUGGGGCAGUGCCUUUGGACAUCACCCUCACAUAUCUCACCCGUUGCUGCUGGCUCAAAAUGGGCACGGUAAUACCAGUACUACAGCAUCUUCCACAGAACCACAUCACCAGACCAGAAUUGCCGCCCCACAUGCUGAAACUUCCUCACUCAGAGUGCCCCCAAAUGGCAACGUUGGACCGGUGCUCCCCGUGGUCACAUCUACUACCAAACUGUCUCCUCCUCUUCUCUCCUCCAUGGCAUCUCUGUCUGCGUUCCCCUUUUCGUUUGGCUCCUUCCAUCUGCUGUCCCCUAACAUGCUGAGCCCGUCUGCACCGACACAGUCAGCAGCCCUUGGCAAACCAUACAGACCCUGGGGGACUGAGAUUGGAGCCUUCUAAGAACUAACUCUUUAGUAAGGGUGGGGAAGCCUACAAACCUAGCUGAGCUGGGUUAUGCCACGCUUAAAGUUGAAGUUCUUAAUAACUGGGACAAAGGUACAGCUUCACCUUAACUAAGUUUGUCUAAAAAUUGUCUCUUUGGAUUUUUCUUUUUGUUUUCUACAUUUUUGUAUUAGCGAUUUUUUUUUUAAAUAGUUGCUGAAGUUGUCCAAAAAUAAAAUUACAAUAGUGGUUGUUAACACUUGUGUUAGAUCUGUGCUGAGCAUUUAAAUAUUUUUUGUAAACAAUUUGUUUCAAAUGUUUCAUUUUUCCUGAGUAUGUCAGACCGCCUUUUUAUGAAGAGAUAUCACCCAUUACUGUUAGCAAUGGCCUAGUUUAGUUAUUAAUUUUUCCAAGACCACUCUUCUCAGCAUUAACAAGCUGCAUUUUUGUUAGUAUUUUGACAUUGAGAUGUUCUAGAAAGAAUUACUUUUUUUGUAAACUA